GUUUGGCAGCUGAGCCUUCACAGGGUGUUUCAUCAACCUUUUUUUUUCCUCUUCCCCUUAUUUUCCCACGUCUUCAAGGGCUCGCUACCUCCCAGCGUGUUUUUUACAUAAGAAAUGAUGAACUUUUAUUCUUUGUCUACGAAGGUCACUCUACCAGGUUUUUAUUUGCUCUUCCUUCUGAAGCAUAAUUUUUUUCCGCUGAUCACAGACUUACUUUAGCCUCUUUCUUAAGCCUUGUUUGAUUCAUCCUCCAAAUACUUACACAAACCAAUCAGUUAGAGGAAGCAGGAGAGGCUCUGCUCCUUACCUCCGAGCACGAGCCUGAGUAUGUUGGUUACCAUGUCGUGGUAGUUUAGUUGGGGGGCGUAGUAUGUCAUGUAUAGCAUAGACCACAUGAUCAUAGAGAUAGACACUUUCAUUCUUCUCCAUAUUCUAAGAGUUCUACUUAUUUCCAUGAAGUGAUUUGCUUGUUGUUUCUUCAUAGUACUUAAGAAAGUGUUUUGAAAUAUUAGAUACCAUCUUCGUCGUAAUGUCCUCACAACCACCUUCGGGCGAGAGCCCCGAGGAGGGGCCACUUCCACCCGUUUAUGAGGACGUUGAAGAAGAACAGGUCGAUGCAGUGGCGUUGGAGACGGCCUCAUUAGAGCAAGUUGAGGCAGUCGAUAACCUGCUAGACUCAAUGCUAGACCAAGGUGGAGAUGCCAAUGGAGCUGCAAAUGGUGAAGCUGGUAAAUCUACUGCGGUUAGAAUACAGAGCGAGGAGGCGGCUGCAGCUGUUGAGGGUGAAAAUUUAUGGUGAGGAAAUACUGCCUUUGCUGUCAAUGAAACUGUUGGACGAUAAGUUUGAUUUGAGAUUUUUGAUAAUGAAUUUUGUGGUGUCACAUCACACACUGGCUUGACAAAUCUUUUUCUACUAAUAUCCACGACACUCACCGCAGUAGGAGAACUUGUCACAGCCGAAGACGAGGCAGCCGCAGCAGCAGCUGGCGACACUGUGCCACCAUCUUCGACCGAACCUAUGACAGAACCUACAGAGGGAUCUGGACCUGGAGGCGCAGCAGAAGAUUCUACUGCUCUUCUGGCAAUCGCAGAGAAUAUGGAUGAUGUUUCUCCAUAAUCAGACCAUCGAGGCUCCACCCUCCCUUUUAAGUUAAAUUUUAAGUUUCACGUACAACUUCAAAAUAUUAUUAAGUUACACGUACAACUUCAAAAUAUGUAUAUGCAGGAGCCCUUUUUGUAAGCGGAAAAGGGUAGCCGUGAUGGUCUCCCUAGAUGGAAAAAACAACAUCCAUAGAGAAGGAAGCAGAAAAUGUCAUCCAAUUUGAGGUCGAUGAACGACGACAUCGGGACUCAGCAGAUGAUAUACCAGCACCGGCUGAGGAGGUGAUUUAUGACAAGAAUAGCUUGUGGAUUUGAGUGCGACUUGAGUUUUUGUCAGAAUACAUUUAGUCUAAAGUGUUGGUUUUUUCCACAUUCUAGUUCCUGCUAGUAAAGUUGACACGAGGACCUUAGAAAUAAUGACUACACGACCAUCCUCGCAGAAAAUGAUGAAGUAAAAAUGCGAGCUAUAAAAAUCGUAUCUUCAUGAUACUAGACUUUCAUGAUCUCUAAUAAUGUGAUGAUAGGAAAGACCCUGCAGAAGAGAUUCCUAUGCAGCCCUCUAUCGAGCUAACAGAAGGGGAGGUAGAUCAACUGCGGGCGACGCAGUCAGACAGUCCGAUGGAGGAAGAUAGCAUCUUGAAGGCUCAAGAACUUCCUUCGUUGCCUAGGCUCAUAGAGGAGUGGUGCUAUUUGGAAAGACCGGAGCCAGAGUACUGUUUAGUUUUUUUCUCUCCUCUGUCUGUGAAAAAGAAAAUAUCCUCGCUACACAUCAAACACCAUGGCAGUUCUUCUACCUGUAGAUCUUCUAUUCACUACUCAGCAUCCAUCGUCGCUCCCCUCUUCUUUCCACCACUGGGCCCCCUUACCUCUCGCAUUCAACACCGAUGGAACACCAGGUGCCACCUCUUCCCCUUACACCCAUGCAACACCAGGUACCAACACCUCGUAACGAAGCCUGGCCCCGAAGUACCGGAAAACGCGCCCAUUAUCGGAUCCUUGUCGAGUUUCGUGUCCCUAGUACAGGACAUGUCCAGGCCAUUGGAGAGCUACAGCCUUGGGCCGGUCUUUGACGCUGAUAAUAGCUACGCGAUGCAGAUGUCUGCUCUAGAGGCUGAGGGGGGGAACGUGGAGUCGUCUAUCAUGAAUGCAGGCUCCAGUAUGGAACUUCUACACGAAGGGCAUAAUUAAGGCUCGACUUUCAUUGGUCACCAUACAGAUUGGGGCCACCAUGAUAGAUCGAAGAGGGCCCCCUUGAGAGAACAGGGGAGAUAGAUGGAGGGAAAACAAGUAGAGAGAUGUGGGGCCCCUCCCGUUCAGAGUCAGUGACCAAUGACUGCUGACCUUUAACAUAACCAAAGCAUGUUAACCGCUCAGAGCACAACAGCUGGCGGACCUACAAAAUCAUCAGCGCCAAGCAGCACCAGUAUUGUUCAAGCGCAUAGUAGUGUCUUCGAGGUGAUUUUACAACGUGACAUAUCACGAGCGUUAGCGCCGAGUGGGAACCUCAAUCCAUUUGUCUUGCUAGACCGAGAACCAGACUCAAGGCUACUACCGAAACAGGGUAAGGACUUUGCGCAGAAGUCGAUGAUGGAAGGGGGCUACACAAAUAUAGCUGAAGACUAUGCGGCGGAGUGGGUAUUAUAUUACUGAUAGACAUUACAACUAAUUGUAGUUGGACUAUUUCAUUUGUGAUGAAACGAUUUCUGCUGAAGUUCUUGCUUGCUACAUGAAAAUAUCAUAACUUUUUAGUCUUUUGUUCAGUUGUUGUAGUCAUAAGGAUACAAUCGAUCGGUCCGAUUCAUCAACAUACAAUUCGUAUCCCUCACGACCACAAUCUUCUCCUAAACUUUCCACUCUCCAGAGCAAGAUGACUUCGAAAGUCUAUUCGGCUAAGGCUACGUCCUGGGUCGACGCCAACUGCCUUAUGACUGCUGCCGGAUGGAAGACGCACACAACGGAACAACAGUUAAGACUUCCCCUAAUCCAUCUUCGAAAAUCCAUCUUCCGAUGUAUCCUGAAGUAGGGAGAAGGAGUUCAGGAGGAGUCUCAAGGUGGACUAGGGCGAGCUCUAAAACAGAGAGCCUACCUAGCAGGCUUUGCGGAUUGUCUAUCUGCUAUAUCAAAAGGUAGAGUAAAGAUCUUCGAAAACGCGGAACACUUGAACCUAGCACAGCAACAGCGACCAGCCGGAGGCGCGAUGGACAAAAUGGCGCAAGCGCUUCUGCUAUUUCAGAGGCUUUAUUUGAGGGGGUACUACUUUUCGAUAAGCAAUAGUUUCUGAGCAGCACAGUCUCCGUUCAGCACAGAUGAAAGCUGGAAGCUGCACUUGUGAUCUUGUUUUGCUCUGUAGAAUCUAGCAGAAACUGUUCUGAAGUGAACACGACACAACUUCAACUACCUAUCAGCUUAUAGAUUCUUCUCAUACUCAAUGAGCAGAGUAUUACUCAUUCCUUCUUGACCUACAGGUACGCCGUCGAUGGAGUGGAUUAUCAGUUUAGGUUACGAGGACGCAACCCAUUGCGGAAGCGAAAAUUCAAAAAUCUUAUCCAGCGGUCGCCCAUCAAGUUCAGUGCUACAAAGGUGGGACUCGGAAGUGGAGUUGCUCAGCCUUCACCAAGGAGUCACGGCAAAGAGCAGGAGUCUUUGAUGCCGUUGGAGAUGACUGGUGGUACAAGCUCAUCUAGAAGAAGAUCAUGUUGACUUUCGCAGCACAUCAGCUGUGUUAUAAACGAAAUGUGAAUUUCACUUUAAAUAAUUGUCAUAACCGACAUGAUACCAAGACUGUAGGGGAAAAACAUCUAGGGGAGUACUAUUUUUCUAUAAGUACUAUCUGAUUCACUCUGUUUGUAUAAUCAAUAUCAAUGAAUCGCUCAUCACUCAGGUUCCUCAUCCAGCUCGCAAAUGAAGAAAAAGGCUUCACCAACAGACAGGAAGAAGAAGCUCUUACCCUCUCUGGCAAAGAAGAAGGACAAAGUAAAAGUCAACAUCUUCGUAGAAGAGCGAGAAAGAAGAAAUUGGGUUCCGGUGCAUGUCACGCCAGGGUUAUGGUCAGCAAUUAUCCCUCUGUUUUAGCAUCUUGGCACCCUUUUUGGAGGAUAGAAUGCACGGGAACAAAUGGUACCAAGAUAAAAGGUACCAAGGUAAAGAUUCAAGCACACACACACACACACAGUCACACACACACUCUAACAGAAGAUUUGAAGAAAAAGAGGCGGUCGGCAUUUUUGCAGGAUGCGCAUUUGACUGGAGAUAUCAGGCAUGAACUCAAUGAAUGGCACAACUCGACGCAGAGGAAAACGGUAGUAGUUGCAAUUGAGAGUGUUAGAAGUAAAGAUGAAUUGUUAAAAAUAGCUCCUAGUAGAAGACUGUGGGAAUCGUUCAAAAUAGCUCCCUGUACUAGAAAUGCAGAGAGCUGCACACUGAAAUGACCUGCUGCUUAGAGGACAGUUGAUCUACUUAGACAUUACAUCUAAAGGUUGUAAAGAUUCUACCACAGAAUGAAUGUUGCAAGAAUUGUACACGAGAUGAAGAUCUUUUCUCAUCCUCUCCGCAGCAUCCGUAUACUUCCUUAUACGAUCCGAACCGAGAACACGUGGUCGAGGAGGUGAGGGAAUUAGUCGCACUUGCAGACCCAGUCCGCGCCCACUCGAAUAGAGCAGAAGGUGACUCAAAAGACGCUUUGCUAGGAAAGCUUGGCAAAGUCGGCAAAAAAUCGAAGACGACAAGGCCGAGAAGGAAAAAAGACUUGUUUGCAGGUACUUAUAUGCUUUUUUUUUUGGUGUUUUGUUGAGUUUCAGUUUCGUUUUAGUUUCGUUUUGUAUGUUGGUUCUUUACUGGAUUUUGUUUUCUUCUUCUUCUUGAUGAUGUGUUUCUGAUCGUUUUUUCUUUGCUACGAUCAAUCUGUGUCUGAUGGAAAAGUGAGAGCAUUGAGUGGCCUCGCAAGAGCAAAUUGGAAGACUACGUCGCAAAGUGUAUCGAAUUGAAAACGAAGUCGUGUCAUCGCUGUACUAUCGUAGAGAAACAAAUCGUAGUACGCAAACAAAGUGAAAUCCGAAGAAGAUCAUGUGCAUUUUCGAUCUCCAAUGCAGACGGCAGAGGCGAUGAGGUGGAAGAAACAGUCCUAAGAUUCACCCAAGUGGAGAUGAUCAAGCGAACUCGCACCAGGCAGAGGACGUUUAUAGAGGUGAUUGAGUGAUGAAGAUGAAUCUCAAGACGAAGUAUGUUCUAUGUUUUUUUACUCAUGUUGAUGGUACGCGCUUAGUUUUGCUUCGCGUGUGCCGAAGUCCAUUGGCGUAUGUAGAGAACUCUUGUUUCUAGUUUCUUGGUCAGUACUAGUGUACCCAUUUGGUCAAUUUUCCUUGUAAAUCUGUUUCUAUUUUUUGAAUUACACGCUCGCAGUCAUUUAUCAGCAUCAGCCUAUGAAAUUCAUUCAUCCAUUCAAGAUCAGCAUUUAAGCAAAUGACAGUUCCCUUUAUUCCGACCGUUUUAUCUGUUAAAGUUCAUUUUACUUCUAGUAUGAUAAUUUUAUUAAUGACUUUAUAUGAAAAAUACCUAUAGCAGUCUACAAGACGAUUGUGCACAGUGUUAUUAAACAUCAUCGGCCAUCGUGACUGUAUCGUUCGCCGGCAACGGCUUGUUUGGAUUGGAAAUCUUUUAGCAUGAUGAAAUUAAGUAUGCUGUACCAUACCGCUGCAGUCAGUUCCAAGAACCUAUCUCAUUUUUUCCUGUCACACUCAAACAAUCGAUUACCAUCCACCCAUCUAGCAACUAAAAAUGUAAGGACCAUCCGUCUAGCAGGUAGAAUGUACCAUCCAUCUAGCAAGUAGAAUGUACCAUCCAUCUAGCAAGCAGAAUGUACCAUCCGUCUAGCUAUGAAUAAUGCACCAUCCGUCUAGCUAUGAAUAAUGCACCAUCCAUCUAGCUAUGAAUAAUGCACCAUCCGUCUAGCUAUGAAUAAUGCACCAUCCAUCUAGCUAUGAAUAAUGCACCAUCCGUCUUCUAGCAACUAAAAUUUACCAUCCAUUUAGCAACCGCAUUUACGCUACCCUUCCAUUUAGAAAGUAGUUUUUCCACGAAUAGGCGCAAGACUCAACAAUAUUUUUUGACACGCAAGAACUUUCUCAUGCAGCAUAACUAGAAAUAGCCCCUAAAAACUACUAAAAGUGUAGCCAGAAUACGGAUCCUGCAUGACAUCAUUUGUUGAUUUGAUUUCUCGGUCGGCGUUUGUUUGACAUGAUCUGAUAAUCGGGUUCGUUCGGUCCGUCAUCGUCUUUUACAUCCAUCCACUCGUUCGGUGCUGAGAAAGUAUCAAAUGGCUUUGAUUGACAGUGACCACGCAGGAGUGAGUGGAGUAGAAUUGAACAUACUUAGAGCUCCUGAGGGUGAGCAGUAGAGUGGGAAUACUACUCUUCAAUCUACUUUCGUUCUUGGUGUUGAGUACAAGCUAAUCAAUCUUCUGUUGCUCGACUCGAGUACUUACAAUUCUCGAGGAGUGCUUACAACUGGUUCAGUUCCCACUCGUGUAGGCACGACUGCCGUGACACGGCCGCGAGAGCCUAGACGAGCGCAGCCGAAGUCCCCCACUGAAAUGAAAUGAAAAAAGUAGCACUAAAUGGGACACCAUGAUGAUGCUCAGCUAACUCCAGGAAGUAUAACUACCUUAAUCCUCAGGGAAAUCCUAGUUGCCGAAUAGAUUCACAUGAUCAUCAACGAUGCCAGUACCUUCACCCUCCCGUUCCCUCCCUAAUAAUCUAAAUCAAUCUCCAAACAACCCUCAGGUUUCGCGGACAUCAGAACCUUCAAGACACCAGCGAUGCAGGAUUAUGAAUCCUAUCCAGCUCAACUAGUGAAGUUUGCGGACUGGAUUUUCCAAGAAUUUGGAGAACCUGUCAAAGCUUUGAGGGUACUAAUUUUGACCAACGACCUACUUCACGUUGUCGUGUCACACGACAGAGACCCUAAUAAACCCUAAACCCAACGCUAAACCCAAACCCUAACCCAAACAGAGAAUGACCCUAAACCCUAAAAACCCUAAACCCUACAAAACGUGAAUGACAUCAACAUCAAAACCGUCUUUUUAUACAGAGUCUGGACGAAAACGGUAACGGUAUUUUGUCUCUUCCCAAAACCAUCUUAUACAGAGUCUGGACGAAAACGGUAACGGUAUUUUGUCUCUUCCCGAGUUCAUGAUCGCGAUGAAAAAGCGAAUGCCUUUGGGUUUUGAAGUGGACCUGAAGUUGAUCUUCGCGCAGCUAGAUACGGGUCACACCGGGCUUAUAAAAGACGCCGACGUCCAAGUCCUGUCAAAGAUCAUGGUUAUGAUUCUUGGAUUUGUUUUACCUAUGCCUAGCUUUUGAUGUUGUAGUAGAUCAUUGUUCAAUGUGAGUAGACUUUCAAUUUCUCGCUACGCCUCUAGUCUGCCUCUUCUUUUUCUUCAAUCUUAAGACGUUCGUAUGAAUGAGUAUUUAUUAGCAGAGUACCUUUUGUUACUGGUACCCAAAACCAGCUCCUAUCCUCAAGAUUUUUUCUUCCCGCUCAAUUUCCAUGACGAGUCGUGACUUCCCUUAGCGAGUCGUGUCACUUGUCUCUAAUCUCUAUCUGCGCAACCAAGUGGAGUUGGAAGUUUCUUCUGGUAUGGUGGAGACGAUGCUGAAUGCGGAGAGGGAGGAGUUCGUCAAGCCCUUCCGUCAAAAAGUCCAUAGAGCCAGAGAGGCGAUCCAAUGGCAACAAGAUCAAUUCCUGAGCGCUGGAGUGCCUAGUGGCUGAUUGAGUGCAUCUACCUUAAUGAAGAGCGUACAGUUAAAUAAACAGCUGUAGCAGGAUUUAGACAGUGCAAGUCCUAUGUAGCAAUUCACGAAAAGGAAAAGAAAGCAUUUAGUUUAAUUACACUUACACAAAUUACACACAAGAAAUUACUCACAAAUUAUUCACAAGUACUCACAAUUACAAUUGUCAUGGUGAUCAACACAAAGAGCAUUGUCAACAUUCUAGUCCAUGCAUAAAACAAAAAGUCUAAUCUCAACAUACAACCAACUGAUUUCAAGCGUUUACUUAUAAUCGAAAAGCGUAUUACAACUAAGCUGCGCUGAAAGUCAGCGAUCUGUCGGUCUUUGAGCUUGAUGAAAUGAACAGCCAGUAGCAGAGUUUUAUUUUCUUGAAACGUCAUGAGCAGAACCAGAAGUAUAGUCGGCACACCUGGACGAUAGUUCAAUAGGUGUUAGAAAGAUAGUUUCUUCAUUCCUAGAAUUGUCAGCAUAAAGGGGACCAGCAGGUUUGAACAGCUAUAGAGUUCUGUUAUCUCCACGAAAUACAUUAGAAACAGCUAGACAUACAUUAGAGCAGUUCCAUUAUCAUUGACGGGAACUCAACUACAUUAUCAUAUCGCGUAAAAAUAACAAUUCUCUAACAAUGAUGCAUGAAAAAAAUAAGUAGCAGGUGUAACUACUGUGCAGCUCUACACAACUAAACUGUAUAAUUUGGAUCCUGAUCCAACGAGCAUAGUAGUUGUAGUUCAUUGUUGUGAGAACGAAAUAGUGUAACUUUUUUUGUAAUCUUUGGAUGGUUUGUUCCUUUUGUUUGAGACUUGAAACAUGCAUGUCCAUAAGAUAAGGAAGAACAAGCUGUAAGAGCAAGCUGUAAGAACGAGCUGCAAGAACAAGCUGUAAGAACGAGCUGUGCAGGCAGAGGAGAUAGUUGGUAACACUGGAAGCACGUAGUGCGUUUCGUGUGGUGAAAAGAAUGCAAGUCGAAAGGCUAGGCUUCGCCUCUUACCCUCAUUCUAGGGCAACUUAGUCAACGAAACGGAUCAUGUGACUGCAGAGGUGCUGAAGAACAAGCUGUAAG